AUGUAUACCUGGAGGAGAGCUUUCUGUUCGGCUUCUUCGCUUAUAGGGAGAGAACUCUAUCAGGGCGAAUCAGUCGUCCGCCUGAUUUUGAAGGAUGCAAAGCGACGCAAUGCACUCUCAUUGGAUAUGAUUGAAGAACUCAGCAAAGAGCUGAAAGAAAUAAACUCCAUUUCAAAGGUGCGGUCAGUCAUAAUAUCAUCGGAAGGCCCAGCGUUUUCCUCUGGUCAUGACUUACGUGAAUUGGGCAUGAUUUACACCAAAAAAUUUUCGAUCGAUGCAGUAACCUCAUGA